CCAUUUGUCAAUUUCAGUUUUGUUGAUGUGAAGGGUCACACUAGGAAUAGCACUUAGAACUUAAAUUUACAGAUCAUAUCAUUCUAGUCGUGUUCGACUGGUAGUAAUCCAGCUGAACUGGAGAUUUGCGAGUAAGCCCCUGGACUAGUUUGCCGUGAGUUGAGCUGUGGCAGGUCAUGACAACACCAGGGGGUGGUCACGUGAUAACAACAAAUGGCGCCGGAAGUUUUUCCAAAACUUGAGUGUCAAGGGCAGCCAGUUGUUGUCAAGGCUUGUUUUAGCAAAAGUCACAUCCCAUGCUGACAUCCAACACAGACGUGAGAUAUGUCAUCGAGCAUGGGCUUUCGAAUCCGUCUGAAGAGCAGACCGAUGGCCAGGGCCCACAAUGCCACGUCUGGUGGUCGGGGUCGCGGACGGCGAGGAAGCAGGUGCCAGACGGCGGAGGAAAGUGGUGCCCGCCCUACCGUCUGCCGCGGAUUACUCCCAGAACGCCAGACGCCGCGCUGGCAAAUGAGUUCGCGGACAACAACGACGAUGUCGACAAAGUGUGGGGUCGCUUUGGAUACGAGCACAUUAUCAGAAUCCCAGAGCUGACACCACGGAUACACAAGGUGCCGGUGAAGCAGUCCUGGCCUGCACUGACCUCUGACCUAGCGCGACCCUUGGGUCAGCGACCUCUGAAGGCAGGGCAGCACGCGAGAUAUGGGAACCCCUCCCUCCAUGACCCGCACCUCCACAGAUUCGGCGUGAGAGGAAUAGAUGAGGUGCACGUGUAUAAAAGCUUGAGGCGGCAGCAGACCCUGGACACGGAGGACCUGUACGGACCCAUCCCCACCCCAGUGACCCGCAGUGCGUCGCCCGCCAAGUCGAGUCACUCGGUGCAGUGGACCCUGGGCAGCUGCAGCCAUCCGCUCUUUGAUCUUCAGGGAGGAAGCAGCAAGCAGGGGCCAUUCUCCCGCCAGUUCACCGUGCGCUGCACGGCCCCUCCCGUCUGGCUGCGCAUGAAGUGGGGGCGGGCCCACACCACACUCCAGUAAAUUCACCUCCGUGUCGCCGGCUUCCUCUUGGCAUUACCACAGGUUAAGGGUAAAAAAAAAAAAAAAA